CCCGCCGACACCGAUCCUUGCAUCGUCCACUUGACGCUCAGUGCGCGAACUUGUAACAUCUACAGUAGAUCUACCUACCUUAUUGUCGACGUUUAUUGUGCAGUUUAAACUAAAUCAACCAACAUGAGUAGUGGAAAAUCACUUGGAGAUCCAGUGGCUUUUGCCAAAGAUUUUAUUGCUGGAGGUGUUUCAGCCGCUGUUUCCAAAACAGCUGUAGCUCCAAUUGAAAGAGUCAAACUUUUACUUCAAGUACAACACAUCUCCAAACAAAUUGCUGCCGAUCAGCGUUACAAGGGUAUGGUUGAUUGUUUCGUGCGCAUUCCUAAAGAACAAGGUGUAUUAGCAUACUGGAGAGGAAACGCCGCUAAUGUCAUCAGAUAUUUCCCAACACAAGCCCUUAACUUUGCAUUCAAAGAUAAAUACAAGCAAAUUUUCCUUAACAACGUCGACAAAAACACCCAAUUCUGGCGUUACUUCUUAGGUAACCUCGCAUCCGGUGGUGCUGCUGGUGCCACUUCACUCUGUUUCGUAUACCCACUUGAUUUCGCCCGUACCAGAUUGGCCGCUGAUGUUGGUAAAGCCGGAGCUGAACGUGAAUUCUCAGGUUUAGGAAACUGUCUCACCAAAAUCUUCAAAGCUGACGGUCUUGUUGGUUUAUACCGUGGUUUCGGUGUAUCUGUACAAGGUAUCAUCAUCUACCGAGCUGCCUUCUUCGGUUUCUACGACACUGCCAAAGGUCUUCUUCCAAAUCCAAAGACUACACCACUUGUAGUCUCAUGGGCUAUUGCUCAAACUGUAACAACAGUUGCUGGUAUUGUCUCAUAUCCAUUCGAUACCGUCCGAAGACGUAUGAUGAUGCAAUCUGGUCGUGCCAAGGCUGACAUCCAAUACAAGAGCACAGCACAUUGUUGGGCAACAAUCAUGAAAACAGAAGGUGCAUCCGCUUUCUUCAAGGGUGCAUUCUCCAACGUUCUCCGUGGUACUGGCGGUGCCCUUGUAUUAGUACUUUAUGAUGAAAUUAAGAAUGUUCUUUAAAUUGCAACCAACCAACAAUUUUUAGUGAAAGUUUAAAAUAAUUUUUAAAUCAAAUUAAAAAAACACCAUUAUUUACACCAUUUUUCGCGCUAAUUUUCUUCUCUCAUUCACAUCUUAUUCUGAUUUUUUUUUUUGGGUUAUCCACAGGGUGUAACAGAACAGUAAGUUUUCGUAUCUAUUACAUUCUGUUUUAAUUUAUUUCGAAUUGGAAAAAUCUCUAAACAAUAUUUUUCUAGAAGUUAUGUUAAGAAGAUGAUUCCAUGUUUAGAGAAGGACCAAUUUUUGGUUUUUAAUUUUUUUUUUUUUUGUAAAAGACAGUUUUAAUUUCGAAUUUCAUCGAUUUUUUUUUUCUCAAGUUCGAGCGAAUUUUUAAAACACUUUAAUUUUCUCAAUCAUUUUUUUUUUCUCGUAGAAAAAAAACCACAGUAUUUUCGUUGUACUGUGUAGAGACCUGUAGCAAAGCGAUACGCUACUGUAGAUAUUAAAAUACAAAAAAAACUUAAGUAAAAUACAUUUAUUUGAUUUAAAUGGGGGUUCGUUUAACAUCCAAAUAAAACAUCCCUACAGCUCAUCCGUAAUCCCCGUACGAUAUUCAUCUCGUGUGUUAGAUGUUUUGCGGUGAGUACAGUGUGUACAAUUGUAAUUUCUGAUCAUGUAACAUGAGUAUCGUUCGAUAUGUAAAUGUAAUAAUUUAAACAAAUAAUAUUUAUGUAAAUUAAAAAACAGAAACUUUGUUGUCAGUUGUUUAAUAAAAAAUAAAAAGUAUUUAAUAAGUCGUCAUUGAACAUCGACGAUUAUUAAAUUAAUAAAAGAAAAGAUAUUAAAAAAUUA